CGGAGCGGCCAUGGGCGUCUGCCAGUUCUUCCUGCGGGGCUACUGCCGCUUCGGGGAGCGCUGCUGGAACGAGCACCCCCGCGGCGCCGCGGGCCGCCCCGGGCCGCCCCCGCCACACGUUACUAGUGGAAGAGGAGGAGGAGGAGGAGGAUGGGGUACCUCUAACCAGAGAUACAGUAAUGUUAUCCAGCCAUCUUCCUUCAAGUCUGAUUCGUGGGGUGGCAGCAGAGAUCACGGAAGAGGAUUCUUUGGCUCCUCUGACUUUGGAUCGUCAGGCGGCAGCAGCAGAAAUGCAGACUUUUCACAGAACAGGUUCUCUGCCUUAGCCCACGGUCAAAGUGUUGCUGAUGGCUCUAAAGAUGAAGAGGAGAGAAUUCUUGAAUGUGUAGUGAAAGACAUGGAAAUUUGGGAAUCUUCUGGACAAUGGAUAUUUUCAUGUUACUCACCAAUGAAAGAAAAGCCGAAUGUCUCAGGCUUUUCAGAUGUCUCGCCAGAAGAGCUGCGUCUGGAGUACUACGACAGCAGAGCAAACAAUAUCAUUGGAAAUUAUAUCAAUGCUGUCCAAAACUUAGCAGUACAAUGGAAAAAUCGGCUACUUCAGUUAAAAGCUUUAAAUGCAUCAACAAAAGCAGCUUUGAUAGCAUUUCAGUUCUCAGGUCCUACAUAA